GUCUGCGAGAGAUACAAUACAGUCGAUACAUGCAAAUUUCUCGCUUCGGCUAUUGUCAAAUGCAGCAGAUGAAGAACUUAACGCAGUGCUGUCACCAUUAUCACUGGCGAUAACAUUAUCAUUGACUAGUGCUGCUGCAAAUGGUACUACAAGGCUGCAGAUAAACGAUGUUUUCGCAAAAGGUUUCAGUAAUAAUGCAAUACAAAAGUAUUAUUCAUUGCUAGCCAACAGAUUACUGCUAGGAAAUAAUAGUACAACUAUAGCACCUGGUCUUUUGGUAGUUCUACAUCUUUGUGAUCGUGGUACCGUGAGCAGUACUAUGAUAGACAUCGCAAGAAAUUAUAUGGCUGACAUACUUCAGUUCGACUGCAAAAACACAUCAACCACUGUCGCGUUUAUCAAUCAGUGGAUUGCAAAUCAAACGAAAUCAGAGUUUAAAAUCUUUACGAGAAAUGUUUGUAAUGUAGACUGGCAUUUCAUGCUCGUCGAUAGUUUUUAUUUGAACGCUGCUUGGCAGUAUCCAUUUGACGAGAGAAGGACAACUGCGAAGGAUUUCUACGUGAACGAACACAGCACCACUCGGGUAGAAAUGAUGUCCAUGUGGGCAUUUGAUAAAUUUAAAUAUACCGAAGACGUUGAUGUACAGGUUCUCGGUCUUCCCUAUCACUUGGAUUCUAAUCUUUUCCUUUAUAUAUUUCUACCACGAGAGAAAUUUGCGUUGCGAAAUGUUGUGCGCGAACUGACUGGGCGUCAUCUUCUAUUUUUGAUUGCAAGGUGUAAAAUAAUGGAUGUCGAGGUUGAAAUACCUCGAUUUUCGAUAGAAAAUCAUUUUGAACUGAAUUUGCCGUUGGCAAAUCUCGGAAUAGUGGAAGCAUUUACCAGUCGGGCUGAUUUUUCGGCCAUUUCAAUUCAGAAGAUACAUAUUUCAACGCUCAUUCAGAAGACACAAUUUGAGAUUAAUGAGAAAGGUUCGUAUCCGGUAAAUAGCACACACGAAAUAGCAAACGAUGAGUUAACUGUCCUGUGGCAAGGUGGACAUAUCAAAUUCAUUGCCAAUCAUCCAUUUAUGUUCGUCAUCACAAGGAUCGACCAGAUGAUCCUCAUAGGACACUAUUCCAGUUAA